AUGCACUUUUCUUUUGUCGUCGCCCUCUCAGUAGGCGCGUCCUUCGCUGCCGCCGCGACUCCCACCGCGUCCACGUCCUUCUCUGUCCCUACCUACACCAAUCCCGUCACAUGGGUAAAGACCAAAUACAACAUGGGCUCGAUGUCCCGAGCUCUUAAGGUGUCGAGCACCACAGAAUUGGGACAAUUAUAUGACCCGAGCAACGCCUGGAGCAUUUACCGUGACGAUGGUGGCAGUUGCACGCUGAACAACCGCACGUUCUUUGUGUUUGCGGAUACGAGUGGAUACAAGGCCAAUGGUGACUUUGCCGGCUUUGCCACGACCAGUAUGGGCAUGGUCGAAGACUUUGAUGAACCCAACAUCCUCAAGGACUUCACACUCUCGGACUCGGUUGGCUACUUCUCUCCCAUCCCCUUCACGACUACGGAGGCGUCAUACUCCAACAGCAAACGUUAUGCUUUCUGGACCUAUACCAACUGUGUUCAGUUGUCCGGGACCACAGCUGCCCACUUUUUCAACGUGCAGAAGUUCAAGUCGUCGUCGUCCAGCUCAUACUAUGGAAACACGGUUGCGAGAUACUCAAUUAAUAGCUCAACCAACAAGAUGACUGUCACGCGCCAGAACGAGUACGCUUUUAGCACUUCGACCUACCCAUACGGUUCAUUUGCCAACCUUGUCGUCAACGGAGUCGUAUACCUCUACGCAAUCGACAAGACAUACUCCAGCAAUUACGAUAUUCAUGUGGCUUCGGUCCCAGUCGCUAGCUUUGACGAUUCGACGGCGUACCAGUACUGGAACGCUUCAUCAAAGACCUGGUCCUACACUCAGCCUCAGCCAACUCAGCGCGAGAAAAGCUCUGCUGUCAUCCAGGGAACUGAGCCCUUCUCUUCUGGUUCCAUGUACUACUCAGAGUAUCACAACCAGUACUUCUUGGUAUACUUCAACAACUGGGUUGACAGCAAGUUUUACGCCAUCACGGCUCCUACGCCGCUCGGGCCUUGGAAUGUGACAAAUAGUCUAUUGUGGGCAACCACAAAGGGUGACAGUUACAACUACGGUGGCAACGCUCAUCCGAUCUUCAAUCAGGAGCCUGGCGAGUUGGUCGGUCAGUCCAUUGGCGUUCACUGGGCUUACCAGGAUUCCAACGGUACUUACCCAAAGAUGGGAAAGAUCAACUUUGCUUAA